AUGCGGCUCUCGCCGGAGUUGAUCCGAAGCGAGCGCACACAGCCUGAACUUCAUUUGGACGAAGACAUUGACGACGAGACCAUCGACCACACGACACCACGACAGUUGCCCAUCAUGUCUCUCGUAUCGGGAGAGAAGUCGAACUUUCAGUUCAUCUUGCGACUCCUCAACACAAACGUCGAUGGCAAGCAGAAGGUCAUGUACGCCUUGACCAAGAUCAAGGGUGUCGGACGCCGCUACAGCAACUUGGUCUGCAAGAAGGCCGAUGUGGACUUGAACAAGCGCGCUGGUGAACUCACCUCCGAAGAACUCGAGCGAAUCGUCACCAUCAUCCAAAACCCGACUCAGUACAAGAUCCCGACAUGGUUCCUCAACAGGCAGCGCGACAUCGUGGACGGCAAGGACAGCCAGAUCCUGGCCAACGGCGUGGACAGCAAGCUACGCGACGACUUGGAGCGUCUGAAGAAGAUCCGCGCUCAUCGUGGUCUCCGUCACUACUGGGGCCUCAGGGUGCGUGGUCAGCACUCGAAGACGACUGGCCGUAGGGGUCGUACCGUUGGUGUGUCGAAGAAGAAGGGUUAA